AUGGUUUGGGAACCGCGUCUCCUACAAGACGUACGGCCGGCUCCCCAACCGCCGACGGAUGACUUCCAGUCACGUCUAUCCACAGCUACCGUCCAUGAACCUCUCUUCGCCGACGACUGUGUAUUCAAUAUCCCCGCGGAAAAGGUCAUUCAAGGGAGCAAAGAUCUCUUCUCCGCCGCCCGCGAGAACUUUGGUCUGAUCAUUAACACGGAGAAGAUGGUGGUCAUGCACCAACCGCCACCUCACACAGCCCACACUGCGCCGCAACUCAGCGUGAAUGGAGCCCAACUGUAAGUGGUGACCAAUUUCACGUAUCUGGGCAGUACCCUCUCCUGCAACGCCAAAAUUGACAAUGAAGUUGCAGCUGGAUUUCCAAGACCAGUCAAGCCUUCUUUCGUCUUCCAAACACAGUUUUUAAUCGUCACGGUCUUCAGCUCAGCAAGAAACUGGAGAUGUAUAAGGCCGUCAUCCUCCUGACGUUACUGUAUAGAGCAGAGUCUUGGACGGUGUACAUGAAACAGGUACGCCGACUCAACCACUUCCACCUCAGUUGUCUUUGUGGAAUACUAAAGCUGAGGUAGCAUGACCGAAUCCCAGACUGGCGUACGCCACUUCGGAAGGGGACAUGCAAAGAAGCGUGAUCCUCUCCGCCGACACCUGUAACAACUUCGACCUGAUUAUAAACACGGAGUAGGCGGCGGUUAUGCAUCAACCGCCACCCGACGCUGCCUACAUCGAACCCCAAAUCAAUGUGAACGGCAUCAUUGCAAGUUAAGGACAACUUCACCUACCCAAGCAGCACCCUCUCCUGCAACACCAAAAUCGACGAUGAGGUGGCUUGCCAGAUUUCCAAAGCUAGCAAAGGAUUCAGCCUUCUGAAAAAACACUACCUGGUACCGUGACGGUUGCCAUCUCGUCUACGUAGAUGUCUCCGCGGGCUCCAGCCGACAAGGAGGCCAAAUCCGUCGCUUAUAGGACACUCUGAGGACCUCCUCAAGCGUCUUCAAAUCAACGAGGUCAACUGGGAAGACCUCGCCCUUGACCGACCGAAUUGGAGGAGGACAGUGGAGAAAGGCGCAACGAUACACGAAACCAACCACAUCACCGCCGCCAAAGCCAAACGCGAGGCUCGCAAAUCUCAACUGCGCCCACCUCACAACGUCGUGACUCAACCAACCCGACCUGCCCAUGAUGCCAGCGGACGUUGCAAACACCAGUCGGUCUCAUUGGACAUCUUUGUACCAACUGCAGCAUCCGGACUACACCAGCCGCUGUGCCCCAACCUAACUUUGUCCCGUCCCCCACGCCGACGACUGACACUGACCGCGCUCCCGAACCCCCACUACCAUCCUCCUCCACUUCCUUCCUCGCCUCAAGAUCAUCUGCGGCGGCUCCUGUACCCACCGCCCCUGCACACAAUCCAGACACACGAACAAACAUCAACCGACACACCGUGA